CACAACCCCUUCGCGCGUGUGGAAAUGGCCGGGAGCGGCCCGAGGCAGGGUCAGCCCUGCGCAACCCCGUGUCCAACCUCGGAGCCGCACGACGCAGCCCAGCAUUGCCCCCGCCCCAGGAUGCAGGGGGGCCGCGGCCGCUAAUGUCCUGCUGCCGGGGGGUCACGGACACUGCAGAGGGCCCGGGCCCGGGCCCAGGCCGUGCCCCGCUGCAGAGGAAGGGGAAACCCCCUAGUCUGGACCAGUCUGAGCAGGGGGCCAAUCCUUUCCUGCCCCAGUGCAGCGGCGUCGCAGGGGCAAGACCCUCCACCGGGACCCUGCGGGGUCGGUGCAGCAGGAGCAUGGGUGCGGCCCAGCCCCAUCCCCAGCCUGGGCUGCAGCACCAGCGCCUCGGGGGAGGCUUCAAACCCCCGACACAUGGCACUGAAAGGGGAGAAGGGGCAACCAGCACAGCCCAGAUGCCUGGGACCCCCCCAGCGCCCGUCCAGCCUCUCCUUGCCCCCUCCAGGGAUGGAAGCUCCCCCUGCCCUGGCCUCUGUUCCACAUGGGGAAACUGAGGCACAGGGAGAGUGGUGACACCCCCCGGGCACUCAGCUCCGUGACGCUGGGUUCAGCCUUGCGGCUUGCCCUGGCCUCCCAGGCGCUGACACCCGUCCAUCCCUGUCCCCGCAGCGUGCCAUGGCAGAGUACCGCAUCCGGGAGUACCGCGACGAGGACUACGAGGCUGCACGCGAGCUGUUUGCAGCUGCCAUGAGCGAGCACGCACCUGGCCUGUGCAUGCACGUGCUGCACCAGCCCUGGGUCCUGCUGGUCCUCGCCUGCACCUUCACCCUCCUGCUCGCCAGCUCCCGCUCAGUGCUGCUGCCCGUGCUGGCCGUCACCCUGCUGCUGGCGCUGGGCCGGCAGCUGCUGAGCUACGCCUGGGGCCUCUACAUCGAGCGCUGCCUGGGGGACGACCUGCGGGACAUCCACGCCAGCUACGUGGAGCCCGCCAGCUCCUGCUUCUGGGUGGCGGAGGCAGCUGAGGGCGUGGUGGGCACCGUGGCAGCACGGCCGGCUGACGCCGGUAACGGGACACUGAUGCUGAAGCGCAUGGCGGUGCGCCGGGACUUCCGGGGCCGCGGCGUGGCCACGGCGCUGGGCCGUGCCGUGCUGGGCUUUGCACAGCACCGGGGCUGCCGCGCCGUGGUGCUCAACACCCUCAUGGUGCAGCGCGAGGCCCGCAGGCUCUACGAGCACCUUGGCUUCCAGCCCGACCGCCGCUACCUGCUGCCCACCCUGUACGGGCGCCUGGCUGGCUGCGUUAUCACCACCUACCGCUACGACCUGCCCUCUGCUGACUGAGCGCGGGUCCUGGCCCCGGCACCGCGCUGCAGGCGGGCAGGACUGCCUCGCGUAGCGCCCGGCUCUUGUGCAUGAUGAGCAGGACUCUGAGUGCAUGGCGGGCCUGACGUGGCCGGAGCUGUGGCCCCCGGAGGGGCUGGACGUGACGCUGCCUCGUGGCCACGUAGAUGCUGCCACGGCUCAGGGUCUUCUCAGGGUGAUGCCAGCGGACGAAAGCGCCCGUGUCGGUUUGCUCAGGGACAGCAGGACCCCUCAGGGUCAGACCCAGACAGCAGGGACAGCUCAGGGGCAGGGUGGGGGGUAGGUUGCCCCAGCCCCUCUGGACAGUGUGUGCAGGGCAGUUCCCCAGGGUGGCGGAGGCUGGCACUUGGGGGACGUGGUCUCCAGGGUGGGCAUGGGAGGGGUCCUCCUCCUGCAGACACUCAGGGCAGGGGCAGGUCCUUGCUUUGUCCGUGGGACUAGGUGGGCCACGUCAGCUCCUCCAGGCCACAGCUAGAGCUUGUCCCCACUAUCCCUCGUGCAUAUGGGUAAGCAGACCUAGGUCCGCAGACGUGGGUGCUGGUUGGGUGCAUCUGGGCCUGCCCAGCUCUGGCCUCCCAAGGGUUGCUCCCCAGCCAUGCUGAGGGAUGGGCGCUGGGGGCUGCAACAAAUAAAGAGAUGCUGCCUUGGUCCCA